UCCUUGCGCUCAAGAUGGCGGCGGCCGUGAGGGCCGGCCCGGGCCUCGGGGCGGGCAGGGCUCGGCUCCGCCGCGCUGAGGCCGCCCGGCCCCUCCCGACGGGCUCCGGAGCGGCGGGGAGGGGCCGGGCCCGGCCAUGAGCGGCGCGGCGGAGGCGCGGGAGCUGGAGGAGCGGCUGCGAGAGGCGGCGGCCCUGGGGGACGUGGCGGAGGUGCGGCGGCUGCUGGGCGCGGGGGUGGACAUCGACUCCCGCAACGAGAUCAAUGGCUGGACGUGCCUGCACUGGGCCUGUAAGCGGAACCAUGCCCAGGUGGUGUCCUGCCUGCUGGAGGCUGGCGCAGACAAGCAGCUCCUCACCGCUACGGGAGAGCUGGCGGCACAGCUAACGUCGAAACCAGACAUCCUCAGGAUUUUGGGAGCGGAACAAACUGAAUGCCAAGGAGUGAAGGAUUUAAAUUUACCCAUUGUUGCGAACUACUUGGCCAGCCCACCACUGCCUAACGUUUACACUGAAGAAAGCAUUCCAGGCAGCUUGGCAGAAUCCCAGAAUGAAAGUGCUUCCAUCUCUUCUGCUUCCCAGAGUGAAACGAGCCCUUGUCCGUCAGCAGCUCAGGCCGAAAGCACCUGCGUGCCCGUGUCAUGCAGCAGCAGCAGCAGCGAGACUCUCCCCGCCCCGGGCGCUGCAGCCAGGCCAGCCCCGGUGCCCGCCGUGGCUGCAGCCUCAGCGGGCGCCAGCCCAGGGGUGCCCUACGGCCCCGGCUGCCCCCUGGCCACGGCCCCCAGCCUGGGGCUCUGCUCCCCGGGAGUGUCCGGCCGGGCUGUGCCUCUGCAGGCAGACACCGCCCCCAGCGGCCCUGCACCCGCCUUCCAGCCCUUCUUCUUCACCGGGACAUUCCCCUACAACGUGCAAGAAAUUGUGCUCAAGGUCAGAGUCCAGAACCUGAGAGACAAUGACUUCAUUGAGAUUGAACUGGACAGACAAGAAUUGACCUAUCAAGAUCUGCUCAGAGUGAGCUGCUGUGAACUGGGCGUUAAUCCAGAGCAAGUAGAGAAGAUCAGAAAACUACCCAAUACACUUCUAAGAAAGGACAAGGAUGUUGCCAGACUCCAGGACUUCCAGGAGCUGGAGCUGGUCCUGUGGAGGAGUGAGAGCUCUCCGUUCCGCAGCGCUGCGGCCAAGCUCACCUACUGACCCCGGACUGCAGCCUGGGCACCUGGCACUGACAGCUGCUGCCUCUGGAAAGCAGUGACUUACGUGUGUAAACCUUAAGUUAUUAUUAGGGUUACUAUUUUAACUAAUAUUUUGUAUUUUAUAAUUAAUAUCCUAUUUGCUUUUAUUUUUUGAUACAGUAUUCAGCAAAGGGAUACCUCAUUGGUCUAGUAAUAUCACAUGCUUCCAGUGUAUUUCAGGGUAGUUUAUUGGUUGUAUCUGGCAGCAGGGAGCACGAAAGAUGUAAUUAUUGAUAUGAAAAUUAUGUUAAGUACACCCACUCCGAUCAAGUAAGACUCAUGGAAAGAUUCAGGAAAUUGUGUGCCUCUGUGUGUAGAUAUGUAUUUUAAACUUCCUCAUUAAAUUAAACAAAAGAGACACACAAUGAAUAGUUGCUCUCUAAAGAUGUCAAUGUGCAAAUCCUUAAUCUCUUGCCCCUCACAAACACUCACCAAGAUGGGUUACCUAGACACUUAAUGCUCAGAAGUGGCAGAAUAUGGAAUAAGUGGAAUAAGUAUGUCCAUAUUUAAAUGUUAACUUCCCCUGUGAGAAUAUUGUACCUCCACCAAAAAAAUAGAAAAGCCUCUUGUAAAUGUCCCUUAAUCAAGUCUCAAUUGAGUUGAAGUGCCCUUUCAAGAGAAAGCCCUUGUUUCAGGAGAUGGGGAGGAGAGCCCAGUCUGUGUCUGUGGUUUACUUUCUGACCAGUGUGAGCCUGUGCAUUACUCACACCGGGUGUCAGGACUGUCAGGACAGCAAAGCUCUCCGUGGCCCUCCCUCGUACACCCGUUCCAAGGGGGGUGGUGGUUUCUGCUGUGUGAGGAGAAGCACAGCAGUGUUCUCAUGAGGGAUCUCAGCUCCGAGGAACACAGCAUGCUUUUCUGAGCCACUAGAUGGGAAACACACCACCAGCAACCAUUUAACUUGUAACUUUACAUCAUGCACGGUCUACUGUCCCUGUUACAUACCUUGCUUUAGCCAGGUGAGUACUGAAAGGGCUGAAUGCCUUUGGGUGCUUUCAACUUUUUUUUUUUUUCUCCUCUUUGUGAGGAGUGAAAAAAAAAACCAACUCUGGUUAAGCUACAGACUGUUUAACUUGCAUUAAAGUAAAUCACUAGUGAAAAAAAUCAACUGUGGGUUAAAGUCACAGCAGUGCUGAAGUAUAAACAACCUGAUGCUUUUCCGGAUCAACAAAGCACCCUGGAAAGUUACACUUUUGGAGGCUGUUUUCUUUUUUACCAAAAAAUAUGAUGCUGACCUUUGCACCAAAAACCUUAACUGGGCCCUGAGGUGGGUGGAGGGGUGAGGGACUUAAUUCUGCAUGAGCCGCUUUUUCUACCCUCCAUUCCCCCCUUCUCCCCCUGCCCCAAACUGUAUUGACUUUCCUUCCAUCUCUGCUUUAUGAAGCUGCACUAGAGCAGAGUUUCUGUUUGUUGUUGGUCUGGACUGCAGUGUUGACACUCAACUCUAGCACAGCACCAGGUUCUGGUAGAAGCAGCAUGGCUGCACCCUCCCCUGUGUCCCGCUUUACCCGGGAAGACUCCUUCAAGCUGCUGCACACCAAGAGAACACAAACCCCUUCUGCCAGCACAGGAGAUGCUAGACUCUUGGCUCAGGAUUUCACUGAGUUACUUAGACUUAAAAUUCUUGCUUGCUGCAGUCAAAAUAAUUAAAUUUCUUUCCUCCAUCCACAUCACCUCAACCCUGCCAACUUCCCAUUCUCAAUCCUGGUUUUCUCCAGCCACUGUAUCAAAAUUUAGCUGAACUACUUUAGUGCCAGAUUAAACUCCUGGGAAGCUUAAGACUGUGACAUAGUAUGAAGUAAAACUUCUUAACUAAGGGUCCUGCUUUGUUUUUCUUGUAGGACAGCAAAGAAGGUUUUAUUUUAACAAUUGUGUAUUUACCUUUCCAGCAUAACUUGGAGGCUAACUCAGAUUGUGUGCAAUAACUGUCUGAAACAGUAGUGGUUAAAUGGCUCAAAAUUAAUUAAGAGUAUCUAAUUUCUUUCCAGUUCCUUUACUUAGGAAGUCAGUGUAAGGACUGUCUCCACUAAUUACUGAGUGUUCUGCUAGAGGGCAGCUGGUUUAAAAAGCUUUAUUUCUCUAGUUUUCACCAAGAAUAAUAGUUAAUGUGUUAAGACCUAAACUCUACUCAUAAUCUGACUGUAAUAACAGUAAAUCUAUGCAUUCAGAGAAAUAUUUUUGUAUGUUUUAUGCAGUUUGAUAAAUUCUAAGGCACACUAGUUAUGUUAACUGUUUUUUGUUGGGCUUUUUCUUUGAACAAUAAACUGUUGGAAUGACAACUGA